AUUCGUAAGGCAAUGCAUAGGCAGUCAUCGUACGCCUCUCAGCCUUGCGGAGAGACUUCGAUUGGGCCACUAGGCUUGCUGUUUUAGCAGCCCGAUGAUACCCAACACUGCGACAACAUUCGAACAUCCUCGCAAUUAGUAGCAUAUCUGCGGACACCACUCUGCAGGUGAUUUACUACGCAGUAAACCACACUGCGCCUCCUGUCAUCCUCCAUCUCGGGCGUGAAUGAGGCUGAUGCGACAUCGAUUCACGGAAGCGAUGUUGUGACACUUGCAACACAGUGACGUAUACCUUCACCGAGAUACUCUUCCGCUAAGGGUUUCUUAGACCGAACUAUGCGUGUAAUUUCCUCGAACUUUCCACUUUCCCAAAAGUCUUUGCAAGGAUGCAAGAAACCAGCUUAGGAAUAAUUGCAAGUCUUGACCAGACAAAAAAUGAACUGCUUCGCAGCCGCCUCACAUAUUCUUGUCCACAAGACAAGCAAAGAUUACUGGCAAAAUACGCUUCGACAAGCUCGGCUCGAGGGGACGACCAUCAAUCCGAAAGAGUGUCGAAAGCCUUACUCAAUGAAAGCUUGUGUAUUUUCCAGCAGCCCAAGCCAGGUUUUUGGUUCAGACAGCGGGCCGUGAUAUUACGCCCAGGAGUGCAUCACCAGAUCUUCCUGUUGCGUCCACGCCCACCACUCAUCAAUUUUACAUACAACGCACCAAAUCUUAGUUCACCCAAAAUCAACAAAAACAGUACUGCAUAUGCAUCGGAAAUGGACGAUAUAGGAAGGAUGCGACAGACUUUGUCUGGAUAGAAGGAACUCCGGAGAACUUGUUUUAUUCAAGAGACUGAUUCAAGUACAUAAUCAAACAUUCCCUAUCCAACAC